AUGGGUGCUCUUCGCCCAGGGCUUGGUGGGGCUCGAUUCAGUAGCGGCAAGCCGUAUGCUGGGCGCGGGCCCUGGCCAGUCAAGGACGCAAGGAAGGAUGAGGAGGAGCUGGACAGGAUUCCCUGGGAGGGCUCGCGGCAGGAGCAGGGUGGCCGGAAAUUUUGCGAACUCUACCUUGGAUCAACGGAAGGCGGUCUGUGCAUCGGGUCAGGCACUGGAGAAUACUACUUUCUUGUCCCGGUGACGGAGGUUUUGGCCGGUAUUGCUGCGGAGCGCCAGUCGACCGCCCUGCACUUGUCGGGGGUUCUCUUUCGCAUGGACCUUUUCCGUCAGGCCGAGGUGGACUUUUUCGCCACACUGGUCAAGGUUCCUGCUGCAGACCUUCAGAGCAUUGAAGUGAAUGCAAAGAAUCGCGUUUUUCAGCUUGGGGCUUCAGCCACCGAGACACCGGAGGGUGCUCGUCCACGGGCAAUGGGUGACCCAACUGUGGCGAGAAUUGCCAAACACGCGUACACCGGCUAUGCUGCAGACGGCACCCUCUUCAAUGCACCCAUGAAGCCAGGACUUCCUCCUGUGAAGAACGCUGAGGUGAACGGCGACGAGAAGCGCUAUUAUAGAGGCAGGUUCCGGACUUCGUUGAACGGAAGUGGUGAUGGCGGUGUCUCGCAUGUGACCGGUGAGGUCAAAGACUCCAUCCGCGUCUAUUGGAAGCCCAGCGAGGACCUCACCGUCCGUGACGGCCCGGGGAACGUGGCGGUUGAUGUUCGUUACGUGAUCCUCGUUGGAGUGCGUCCUCUGGGGGCGAGUCUGGUCGACGAUGAGGACCCCAACAGUCGCCGCGUCGCCCGCGUCAACUGGGUUACCGUCGAGUAUUACGGCCAUUUUUGA